GCCGGCAGUCCCCGCCCAUGUGAGGACGGAAGCGGAAGGCUGUGAUCGCCGUGCACGGCUUGUUGUGGUUCCAGUGACUGCAGGACGUUCCUUCCCAUUACCUGCUCUGCUCAGCCCGCACCCCCAGGAUGGCCGCUCCAACGCUCCCACUACCUCCGCAGUUCAAAUCCCUGCAGCACCACCUGAGGACAGCGCAGGAGCAUGACAAGAGAGACCCGGUGGUGGCUUAUUACUGCCGUUUAUAUGUAAUGCAGACUGGAAUGAAGAUUGAUAGUAAGUCUCCAGAGUGCCGUAAAUACCUGUCUAAACUUAUGGAUCAGUUGGAAUCUCUGAAGAAGCAACUUGGCGAUUGUGACUCCAUUACUCAGGAAAUAGUUGGCAGUGCUCAUGUAGAGAAUUACGCUUUAAAAAUGUUUCUGUAUGCAGACAGUGAGGACAGAGCUGGAAGUUUCCACAAGAAUAUGAUAAAAUCAUUCUACACAGCGAGUCUAUUGCUUGACACUUUAUCCGUGUUUGGAGAACUCACCGAAGAAAAUGUUCAGCACAGGAAAUACGCAAGGUGGAAAGCAACAUACAUUCACAACUGUCUGAAGAAUGGAGAAACCCCUCAAUCUGGGCCAAUUGAAGAUGAAGAAUAUGAUGAAAACAAUGAAGAGGAUGGUGCAUCUUCUCAGAGUUAUCAAGGACCAGGACGGUCAUCCUCAACAUAUCAACCCGGUAACAUGCCCAACGCAAAUUACAGUGGAAUCCACAUCCCACCUGGGGCACAUGCUCCUGCAAACACUCCAGCAGAGGUCCCACACAACACAGGUGUAGAAAUUAACACCAUUGCCCAUCCAACUCCACAAAAUAUACCUUCCGUGGACCCUUCUCUUUACAGCAACAAAACUCAAGAUGAUGUUCGCUUGACACCAGAAGAUAUUGCCAGAGCUCAGAAAUACUGCAAGUAUGCUGGCAGUGCUUUACAGUAUGAGGACGUAAGCACUGCUGUGCAGAAUCUUCAAAAGGCCUUGCUGCUCCUUACUACAGGCAGAGAGUAAAUGAUAUGGUUCACUUACAUGGCUUCAAAAUAUAACUCUAUCCAGUGAUCCCAGUUUUACAAAAAGACCUCCUUCUGGUCCAAAACACCAUUAAAGAUUUGCUUGUUUUGUUUUGUUUGCCAAAUCUUUUUUUUUUUUUUUUUUUAUGUUUCUUUUCUAUAAUCCUGGAAACAGAGCGAGGAAGCUGGCAAACGCAUAUAACUGUUAAGGAAAAAACUUAGCUAUGUUUACGAUAAGGAUAUGUGUCUUAUAGACUCAGUAAAAUAAAUACACAAGUUUGGUCCAUUGCAACUUGAAGUCUGAUUUUAAUUUAGCACAGAAAGUAAACGUCAUGCUUCCCUAAAUCAAAUGAUCUAUUACUAGGCAAUUAAACUUUGGAAUACGGAGGAACGUGGAUGCUGCAGUACAGCCACUUAGACAUCUACAUUCAAAAUACUGUUUUACAGACAUCCAAACUUCUGGUUUGGAGGUGGGAAGUUUAUAUAGAUUUAUUGUUUUAUCAACACAAAGUGGUCUUACUUUUUUUUUAUUUUAUUCACCCAAAAUCUUUGCACAGAUCUGCACUAAGCACUUCAGUGAUGACGUAAUUAGCAAGAUAUGUAACCACAGUCAUCCAUGAACUACAAACCAUCUUUGCAUUGUACCUGUUUUGAUCGGUGGCUCACACAUUAAAAAUUAAACAGUUGAUGAAUGACUGACAAGCAACAAUAAAUUCUGAUUGCCAUAGAAACUGAACCAACCCAUAAACAUAGAUAAGGGUGACCAGGUGUCACUUUUUAUUAGGAAGUUUACUGAAAACAUGUCCAGCAGACCUCCAUUAAGAAAAGGUUUUUUUUGUUUUUGCUUUUGUUUUUUCUUCAUACCUGGGUUUACAUUUUUGGUACUGCCCUUUUUACAGCCUUUCUACAUGCCUUGUGUUUUGUUUUUUUACACCCCCUCCCCCCUUCCAUUAAAAGACAAAUCUAGUCACCAUAUUAUAGGUUUGUUUUUACCCUUUCCCAGUUGUGUUAUCUGUUCCUGCAAUUCUAUGAGCUUUGUUGAUAUGCCUACGUGUGAUCUAUCUUUACCGGUCCUCACGAAUCAAGAGACUAUAGAGCCUGUUAAUUUAUUGCAAUUCUUUUAUUUGCAAAUCAUAUCCAAAUUUCAAUAUCCAAAUUAUAUUCCUGCUACUGACAUACCUCUUUGGUUUUGCACUGAAUUUCAAUUUGCUUGGGCACCUCGCUGAUUUUUAUUGUCCACAUAUUUACCGAUUAGAAUUUAACAAAUGUCAUCCUUUGUAAUCUCAUCUAAACCUUAUUUCGUAUAAUUAGUAGAAGGAGUUAAGAUUUGUUUGAUUUGAUCACGCAUGCAUACUUGGGUAGGUCUAACUUUAAGGUGUGAUAAGAAACUCAUCAGUACAAACAACAUAUAGACCUAAAUAGUUUCAUUAUACUAAAUCAUAUAUUCUGUUGAAACCAUCGAACCCUUGUCAGUACAUGGAUCUGUCUUAUCAUUCAAAUGUGCUUUGGUAACCACAUCAAUUCAUCCUGGUCUACACUUAGCCCCAGAAUAUUUCAAAUUGUUCAACACAACGUUAGCUGUGAUCUACAGGUUUUCAUUUUUCAGACCUACACAUCCACCAUUUAAUUUCUGGUAUCAUUGACACUGAUUGGAAAAGCUAUAAAAUGAUAAACAAUUGUUAAAAUUAUCAGUUUUUCACUGUGAAAUGAAAGUGCAUGGCCGUUAAAUGCAUGUAUAUCAUGUUGCUUUAGAAUAAAUUGAGGUCUGAUGCUC